CUUUUAGCAGACUCACAGCAACAACAAAAACUUCUCCAAGCACUUUCUCUUCACUUAGCUUCUCAAUAUACUAGCCAAGACUAGUAGUUUCCUUAUUCUUGGCUAGCUACUUCAUAAUUUCUUCUUCUAUACUUUCGCCAUUGUUUUAAUUAGCCCUUAAACCAUUAUUCUUAGAAACCAUGGAUAACACUACGCUUGCAUUGAUACUUUCUUCUUUAUUUGUAUGUUUUCAACUUAUUCGAUCUUUCAUUAAUCAUGCUAAAAAAUCCAACAAACUUCCACCAGGGCCAAAAAGAAUGCCGAUUUUUGGCAAUAUUUUUGAUCUUGGUGAAAAACCUCAUCGCUCAUUUGCAAAUAUUGCUAAGAUUCACGGCCCUUUGGUGAGCCUACAAUUAGGAAGUGUUACAACUGUUGUAGUAUCAUCAGCAGAUGUAGCUAAAGAAAUGUUCCUUAAAAAUGAUCAAGCACUUGCUAACAGAACUAUCCCUGAUUCAGUUAGAGCAGGUGACCAUGAUAAGUUGUCUAUGUCAUGGUUGCCUGUAUCGGCUAAAUGGCGGAACUUGAGAAAAAUCUCCGCUGUGCAAUUGCUUUCGACGCAACGACUUGAUGCUAGUCAAGCGCAUAGACAAUCCAAGGUGCAACAACUUCUUGAAUAUGUACAUGAUUGUUCUAAAAAAGGACAACCUGUUGACAUAGGGAGGGCAGCAUUUACUACCUCACUUAAUUUAUUAUCAAACACAUUUUUCUCAGUUGAAUUGGCUAGCCAUGAAUCUAGUGCUUCACAAGAGUUUAAACAACUCAUGUGGAACAUUAUGGAGGAAAUUGGUAGGCCUAAUUAUGCUGAUUUCUUCCCCAUUCUUGGCUACCUUGACCCUUUUGGUAUAAGGCGUCGUUUGGCUGGUUACUUUGAUCAACUUAUUGCUGUUUUCCAAGAUAUUAUUGGUGAAAGGCAAAAGAUUCGAUCUGCUAAUCUUUCUGGUGGAAAACAAACAAAUGAUAUUCUUGACACUCUUCUCAACCUCUAUGAUGAGAAAGAGUUGAGUAUGGGUGAAAUUAAUCAUCUCCUAGUGGAUAUCUUUGAUGCUGGAACAGACACCACAGCUAGCACAUUGGAAUGGGCAAUGGCAGAGCUAGUUAAAAAUCCGGAUAUGAUGGUCAAAGUUCAAGACGAAAUCGAGCAAGCGAUUGGAAAAGGUUGUUCAAUGGUUCAAGAAUCCGAUAUCUCAAAGCUCCCAUACUUGCAAGCUAUUAUCAAGGAAACAUUGCGUCUACAUCCUCCAACUGUAUUUCUCUUACCUCGAAAGGCAGACGCUGACGUGGAGUUAUAUGGUUAUGUUGUACCCAAAAAUGCACAAGUUCUAGUCAAUCUAUGGGCAAUUGGUCGUGAUCCAAAGGUAUGGAAAAAUCCAGAAGUAUUUUCUCCUGAAAGGUUUUUAGAGAGUAAUAUUGAUUACAAGGGACGAGAUUUCGAGCUUUUACCAUUUGGUGCUGGAAGAAGGAUAUGUCCUGGACUCACUCUAGCUUAUAGAAUGUUAAAUUUGAUGAUGGCCAAUUUUCUUCAUUCCUAUGAUUGGAAGCUUGAAGAUGGUAUGCAUCCAAAAGAUUUGGACAUGGAUGAGAAAUUUGGUAUAACUUUGCAGAAGGUUAAGCCUCUCCAAGUUAUUCCCGUACCUAGGAAAUAAUUUCAUUUUCAUAAGUUCUUCGUAUACACAAAUUUUUAAAAAAUAUUAUUUUUCCGCAUGGUUGUUGGUUUUGUAUAAUUAUUAAAGAUGAGUGAUGAGUUGACUGACAAAAAUAAAGAUAUGUAACUAUAUGUAAGCGAUUACGUACUAUUAUCAACUUGAAUUUUUUGGUUUCUCUCA